AUGGGAGGCUCUCUGGAAGCAUACAAAUUGUUCACAGCGGAAGAGAAACGGAAGCAAGAUCGCUACGAUCAAAUACAAGCCGCGCUUAAAGAGAAGGCUUCGACGAACGAAUCUGGAGGACGUGAUCAGCAUUCGCAUGGAACAAUGUCUAACGGCGCAACGACAGUCACGAACGGUGCGGUUCACACGCCAGAGCCUUAUGACAUCUUGAUUGUCGGUGCCGGCUUUUCCGGAGUCUGUGCCCUUCAUCAUCUACGGGAGCGCUUCCCUGACUGGCGGAUCAAAGUCAUCGAAGCUGGGAGCAGCAGCGGUGGGACAUGGUAUUGGAAUCGCUACCCAGGAGCCCGAUUCGAUUCCGAAUCAGUAUCGUAUGCGUUCUCGUGGGAUAAGGAACUGCUUGACACGUGGCACUGGAAGGAGUCAUUCUCACCACAGCCAGAAACGUUGAAGUACGUCGACUUGGUAUGCCGGAAACAUGAGCUAUACAAAGAUAUGCAGUUUAAUACUCAAGUCAAGUCUGCACAGUGGCAGGAGCAGCAGCGGACUUGGCUGUUCACAGACGAGGAAGGCCAUCAGUACGAGACGAGGUUCUUCGUCAGCUGCAUUGGCUUCUUGUCGGCCCCGACUCUGCCCAACAUCCCAGGUGUGGAGGCAUUCAAGGGUCAGUCAUUCCAUACCUCGCGCUGGCCGAGAGAUCUGGACCUAAAUCGAGACUUUGCUGGCAAACGAGUUGGGAUGAUAGGCACAGGUGCGACAGCUAUACAGAGCGUCACGGAGAUCGCCAAGGUUCCCGGACUGAAGUCGUUUCAUUUAUUUCAGCGUACAGCAAACUGGUCCGCGCCGCUCCAUAAUACCGAGAUCACGCCCGAACAGAUGGCAAAAUUCAGAACGGAGUAUGAUAUGAUUUUCAAACGUUGUGCCGAGACGCCCAUGUGCUUCAUCCACGAAGCAGACCCCCGCGUGUCACUUGACAUCAGCGAAGCCGAUCGGCGAGAGUUGUGGGAAAAGCUGUACUCGGAACCAGGUUUCGGCAAGUGGAUUGGGGCCUUCAAAGACACAUAUACCAACCGCGAGGCCAACAAACUGUACUCAGAUUUCAUGGCGGACAAGAUCCGCCAACGUGUACACGAUCCCGCGACAGCCAACAAGCUGAUUCCCAAGAACCACGGUUUCGGCACCAGACGCGUGCCACUGGAAAGUGGGUACUUCGAAACCUUCAACAAAGCGAACGUCCAUCUCGUCGACCUGAAAGAAACACCCAUCACAGAAAUCACCGCAACUGGCGUGCAGACUUCCACCGACCACAUCGACCUCGAUAUUCUCAUCUACGCGACCGGCUUCGACGCCAUAACGGGCGCGUAUAAUGCCAUCGACUUCCACGCCAAAGACGACCGGCCCCUGAUCGGCUCCAGCAGCGAUAAUCCCUCGGAUCGUGGCAACACCGCCAUCUGGCUCGACCACCGUCCGCAGACCUACCUCGGCCUCACUAUCCGAGGCAUGCCUAACACGUUCAUGAUCCUCGGCCCGCAUCAGCCUUUUGGAAACGCAACACGCAGCAUCGAACAUGCCGUCGACGUUGUCUCGGAUCUGUUGGCGCAUUGCAAGGAGAAAGGAAUUACUUACGUCGAGCCAACGCAGGACGCGGUGGACAAGUGGACGAAGCAUGUGCACGAGGCGAGUGGAGGCUUGUUGUCGAACGAGGUGGAUAGUUGGAUGACAGGAGUAAAUCAUAAUGUGAAGGGGAAGACGGUGAGGAGUGUGGCGAGGUAUAGUGGGAGUGCAGUGGAGUUCAGGCGGAGGUGUGAAGAGGUCAAAGGCAAGGGGUGGGCGGGUCUGGAGUUUCAGUGA